AUACGUCACUGUGUUAUCGCGAAGGAUAUACGACCGAGAGUCCGUGCAAAUUUUUGGCAAACAAGCAACCAACGAUAUCGGCAAUGAAAUUAAUUUUGGCAUGGAGUGCAAUGUAAAGACGCCUAUUUAAGGAUUCUCAUCUAUUUGCGAAUCACACCGUUUUAUCUAUAUACCGUAAAUCAGACUGACAUCACGCUAAAUGUUGGCCUAACAUAUAGGAUCGCAUUGCACGUCAUCAUUGUCAGUGGGUAUGCAGAUUUCGUUCGGUACUUUUCCAAAUUCCAGCGAGGCUGUUCUAUUAUUAGAUAUAUACAUGAUUAGAUCGCCGACGUAUAAACGACAAUUUUCCGAAAUUCAGUUGCCUUAUCUCCGGUGCAGUGUAUUAGAUACCCAUCUCCACAUACGAAUGCGGAACUUAAGUCGUGCAAUAAGAAGAACGUAACCGAAACAUAAUGUAAAAUGCGAGAUAAUCUAGCGAUUACAUCUUGUGUGCGUACUCUAAAACGCGUCGCGGAUAUUUGAAUUCCUGAAAAUCCAUUAACGGAGAUCCUUUGAGCUAGUGAAUUCAGAAUGACCGUCAAUGGCACGGAACCAUUUUUCGCGGGCCACGAGCUAAAGGAACUCACUUUCGGAUGGACCGAUUAUACCCUAUUCGGCGGUUUGCUGGGCGUCAGCGUCCUCAUCGGUAUCUACUUUGGUUUCUUCAGCACAAAGCAAGACAAUACUACGGAAUACCUACUCGGUGGCAAAACCAUGUCCUUUUUUCCAAUAGCAAUGAGCCUAAUAGCAAGUCACAUAUCGGGAGUAUCUUUGCUCGGCGUGCCUUCCGAAGUGUAUCAAUACGGGACUCAAUACGCGGCGUGCAUUUUCACAUCUUUCAUCAGUUGCACCAUAAUCAUAUGCGUAUACCUGCCGGUGUUUUAUAAACUGCAACUGACAAGCACCUUUGAAUAUCUGGAAAUUAGAUUCGCCAGGCCGGUUCGGCAAUUAGCAUCCUUUCUCUACACUCUUGCGCUUGUAAUCUACGUGCCAUUAAUAAUUUAUGUGCCGGCGUUAGCCUUCUCGCAAGCGACUGGGAUGAAUCUGCAUUACGUCGCGCCGGUGAUAUGCAUGGUUUGCAUUUUCUACACGACUAUCGGAGGUCUGAAGGCUGUCGUAUGGGCGGAUACGGUUCAGAUGAUGGUGACUGUCGGAAGUCUCGUUGCCGUUUUGAUACUAGGAACGAUCGCCGUGGGCGGCGUCGGUGAGACUUGGAGAAUAGCCGAGAAGGGUGGUAGAAUUGUAUUUUGGAAUAUGGACCCUAGUCCUUUCACUAGAAAUUCAUUUUGGGGUAUGUCAGUGGGGAUGGUAAUGACGUGGCUAGCAGGUCUGGGCAUUAGUCAGGUUUCUAUGCAACGAUUUCUGGCAGUGCCGAAUAUUAAGGAAGCACAAAAGUCGAUAUGGUUCCUGGCUGUAGGCCUGGUGGUCGUAAAAUUGAUUUCCGUUUUCACCGGCCUUACGAUGUAUGCCAGAUAUCACAAAUGCGAUCCCAUAACCGCACACGUAGUAGCAAGAAGCGACAAGAUACUGCCAUAUUACGUUCUGGACGUAGCCGGGAAUGUUCCAGGACUUCCUGGCCUCUUUCUCGCUGGUCUGGUGAGCGCCGGUCUUUCGACGAUGAGCGCCGGACUGAACACAGUUACCGGCACGAUUUACGAGGAUUUCAUCGAUCGUUGGAUGCCAGAAAGCAACGACAAAGAGACUAGAGCUGCCAACAUUAUGAAGAUUACGGUGGUACUCAUAGGCAUCCUGUGCGUGGGCAUGGUGUUCCUCGUAGACCGUCUCGGCGACAUCUUUCAGUUGUCCCUGACUGUGACCGGUAUCACCGCCGGUGCUAUGUUAGGUCUGUUCUCGCUGGGGAUGUUGGUGCCCUGGGCGACAACUAAGGGGGCGGUGAUCGGCGGGCUGGUCUCAAUGGUAACGAUGAUCUGGAUCAUCGUCGGCGCGCAAUGGCACAUGGCCAAUCAUCAUUUCUACUACGAAUCACUUCCCUCCACGACGGAGGGUUGCCUGAAUGUGCCCGGUUUAUUCAAUCAUACGACAACCACACAGAAUCCGAUACAAGUUGAGUCUGUGGACGAGCCUUUCUUCAUGUACAGAAUAUCCUUCAUGUAUUAUACGCUCUUGGGAGCCCUAAUCGUGAUGGUGAUCGGCACGAUAGUUAGCUUCAUCUGCGGUGCUCCUGAUUUACGAGACAUUAACCCAGAUCACUUCCCACCAUUCAUAACUAGGUUUAUGCCACCUAAAAAAUACAUAGAAGUGUCAUUGCAUACGGUGCCGACAGCAUUGAUAACUAAUCCAGAGAAAGAAGAAAUAAAAGCUUGAAACGUGUAUAUUUUACGCCAACUAUAUCUCUAUGACUUUAUAAGACUUUAUUAGUAAAACAUAUACAUACACACACAUACACAUGCACGUACGCACACACGAUACAUAUAUUAUACAUAUAUUUAAAUUUUGGAAAGUCGUUUAAUUACGAGUUUUGUGAUCUCUGUAAUAAUAUUAUAUGUUCUAUAUAUGUUAAAUAUGUUAGUAUGUUAAAAGA